GGGGAGGGCGAGGCUGCCGUGGGCAGAGAGUCACCAGGAGCUUCUCUUCCAGGCGUGGAGCUGGACCCUGCGGGAGGAAGGGGCUCGUCAUGGCGGAUGAUCUAAAGCGAUUCCUGUAUAAAAAAUUACCAAGUGUUGAAGGGCUUCAUGCUAUUGUUGUGUCAGAUAGAGAUGGAGUGCCUGUUAUUAAAGUGGCCAAUGAUAAUGCUCCCGAGCAUGCUUUGAGACCUGGUUUCUUAUCUACUUUUGCCCUUGCAACAGACCAAGGGAGCAAACUUGGACUUUCAAAAAAUAAAAGUAUCAUCUGUUACUAUAACACCUACCAGGUGGUUCAAUUCAAUCGUUUACCUUUGGUGGUGAGUUUCAUAGCCAGCAGCAAUGCCAAUACAGGACUAAUUGUCAGCCUAGAAAAGGAACUUGCUCCAUUAUUUGAAGAAUUGAGACAAGUUGUGGAAGUUUCUUAAUCUGACAGCAGUUUCGAUGUAUACCUUAUCGUCAUUGUAACAGACACAAUAGCAAUCCAGCAAUCUUUAGACCACAACAAUACUUGUAUCCAUGUAUUCAAGAAAGGGCCCCUUUUUCCACCUUACACUAAAGACAGAACCUAUAGAUAUAAUUUAUGGACAGAUUCAUUAUCUUUUCUUGUGUAGGGCCUUUUCUUAUUUAGUUACAUCUGGGGAUACUGCAGAAAUGGUUCAGUCUAUCACAGCUCCCAUGGAGUUAGUCCAGUCACCAAAUAUGGAUGAGAUUCUAUUCAGUGGGUCAGAAUCAAAAUGGAACCACUUGAACCACUAAGUGCUCCCUAUUGUACAAUACACCCAGGCUUACAGAACGCGGAAAACCCGUUUUAUUGUGAAUAAUAACGAGGACAUAUUUUUCUUCAUUUUUUUAUUUCUUUGCAUCGAGUGUAAGGAAGAUAAAAUGGCAUAGUAAAAGUAAUAAAAUCAGUACAAUCACUAA